AUGAGGACCUACGAUGCUCCGGGCACUGAGUUGUGGCCUGGUGCCGGUGACGUAUUCGUAGCAUCAGAAUGGGUCUUUGGGCCCAUCUUCGCUGUAGAGCUGGUUCUCAAGAUCGUCGGCAUGAGGUUUCUUUUCUUCCUGGACUUCUGGAACUAUUUCGACACCAUCAUGGUCACAGCGUGGUUCGUUGACACCGUGUUUGCAGGCUUGCUGCCCGUUGAUCCCAUGCUGUUGCGCUUAGCGCGCUUGGCCCGCCUCCUCCGCCUGAUGCGAUUGGUUCGGAAGUUAAAGGGCUUUGACGCUCUCUACAUUCUUACCACCGCACUUCGCGGUAGCGUCACUGUUUUGCUGUGGUCUUUCCUCAUGUUAUUCCUGCUACAGCUGAUGUUUGCGUUGUUUCUGCAGAGGGUCGUGUCAGAUUCCAUCGAGUCGAACAUGGCAAACAAUGUCAUGGUGGCGGAGAGUAAAGAGCUCUUCCUCUACUUCGGAACCUGCUCGCGAUGUCUUCUGACAAUGUUCGAGAUUACGCUUGGAAACUGGCCUCCGGUGGCACGGCUGCUGCAGGACAACGUCGCGGAAGCAUUCACCGCCUUUUCGAUUAUUCACAAGAUCACCAUCGGGUAUGCUCUCAUUGCGGUGAUCAAUGGCGUUUUCCUCAAGGAGACCUUCUCGGCGGCAGACAACGAUGACAAAAUCAUGAUGCGCAACACAGAGAAAAAACGUCACCAGCACAUCAAGAAGAUGAAGUCGCUGUUUGAGGCAGCCGACGAGACAGGGGACGGAGUUUUGGAUCAUGAGGAGUUCAUCCAAGUGAUGACGGAUCCUGAGAUCGUGAAUUGGUUGGCCGCCAUGGAUCUCCAGAUUUCUGAUCCAAACAUGGUGUUCGACAUGGUGGCUGAAGAUGGAAACAUUACGGCGGAGCAGCUGGUGAAGGGCGUUAGCCGCCUGAAAGGCAGCGCCAGGAGUACGGACCUUCACCUGCUGACGCUCGAUGUGAAGAAGCUUACCCACAUGGUACAGGAUUUGUGGCUCGGCUAUUCAUCACGGAAUGGAAGUGUGUCAUGGGAACUAGUCACGCCCCUGAGUGCCAUUGCACAGAACUAG